AUGGCGCGAGUCACAGACAACGGAUCUGUCUCAGAGGCAUUCGCAGUGAACAUCGGAGUGAAGCAGGCAUGCGUUCUGGCGCCCACCAUCUUCAGUCCUAUGUUAUCUGCCAUGCUGAUGGACGCCUACCGCGACGAACGCCCCGGGAUCCGCAUCGCCUACAGGACGGACGCUCACCUUCUCAAUCAACAGCGAAUGCACUUCCAAUCGCGCGUAUCCACAACCACCGUUCACGAACUCCUCUUCGCCGACGACUGCGCCCUGAACACCACCUCGGAAGAGGAGAUGCAACGGAGGAUGGACCUGUUUUCCGCCGCCUGCGAGAAUUUUGGUCUGGUCAUCAACACGCAGAAGAGUGUUGUGAUCCAUCAACCGCCACCCAACUCAGCCACAGCACCCAACGCGCCGCCGCAAAUCAGCGUGAAUGGGACCCAACUGCAAGUGAUGAGCAACCUCCCGUAUUUUGGCAGUACCCUCUUCCGCAGCAUGAAAAGCACGAUGAAGUCGCCAACAGGAUCUCGAAAGCUAGUCAAGCCUCCGGCCGCAUUCAAAGAACAGUUUGGAAUCGUCACGGUCACCAGCUCAGCAGAAAGCUGA